GUGUCGUCGUGACAAUUGCACCAAUAAAAAAAAGAGUCCAUUGAUGAGAAUAUUUUUCCAUUGUGGUUGUGUUUGUCGCCAACGCGACUAAUUUUAAUUUUUGUGCGCCCUGAGGAAAUAAAAAAAUAGAAGAAAAAUAUAGAAUAAGUGCGUGAAGUGAGGGUGAAAAUUGAAAAAGUUCUUUUUGGUGUUGUUGAUGUGAAGCUGUGGUUGCGAUUGGCAUUACAAGAAGAUGUCUUUUGUGAGUGGAACAACGGGCUCGGAGGCAGCUAAAAAAUUUCUCGAAGUACUCCAAAGUGAUUUCCGGCAAUUGGGUCAGGAGACCAAGAAGAAGUAUCCACAGAUAAAAGAGUCUUGCGAAGAGGCAAUAGCUAAGCUAAAGAGUGCAAUAGCAAAUCCCCAGACACCAGUUUAUUAUGUUGUGAAUCAAAUUCUCUAUCCACUGGUUCAGGGAUGUGAAUCUAAGGAUGUUAAGAUUAUUAAAUUUUGCCUGGGCAUGAUGCAGAGGCUCAUAACUCAGCAGGUUGUUGACCAUAAAGGUGCACGUUACAUAACCGAUACACUGUGGAUGUUGAUGGAAAAUGGCACGGAGGAGGUUAAAGUCCUUCAGACUGUUACACUCCUCCUGACCACAAAUACAGUUGUCCAUGGGGAGACCCUGGCUAAGACCUUGGUCCUCUGUUUUCGGUUGCAUUUCACCAAAAACUCAACGACCAUCAACACGGCUGGGGCUACUGUGAGGCAACUGGUCUCCCUGGUUUUUGAGAGGGUUGUUGUGGAAGAGGCUGAAACAGCUUCGGAAUCGGAAAAGAGAGAAAUUAACCUGGAAGAGCUGAAGCUCGCAACGGGAAUUGCACCAAAAGGUCUCAAACCCUGUGCAGCCGAUGCAUUUCUUCUGUUUCAAGAUCUCGUUCAACUGGUCAAUGCUGAUCAACCUUACUGGUUGCUCGGUAUGACUGAGAUGACCAGGACCUUUGGUCUGGAACUCCUAGAAACGGUUCUUGCAUCAUUCACGAGUGUCUUCAAAAAUGAAGAAUUCUUCUUUCUCCUGAAAGAACGAGUUUGUGCUCUGGUCAUCAAACUCUUCUCUCCCAACAUCAAAUACCGCACAGUUGUGCAAUCAACCAAUCAACCAAGUGCUCCCCAUGAGAAACCCUAUUUCCCCAUCAGCAUGAGACUCCUCAGGGUAGUCUCGAUUCUCAUUCAAAAGUACCACAGUCUCCUGGUGACAGAAUGUGAGAUUUUUCUCUCAUUAAUUGUCAAAUUCCUGGAUCCCGAUAAGCCAUCGUGGCAGAGAUCUCUGGCCCUAGAAGUGCUCCAUAAGAUGACAGUUCAGCCUGAUUUGCUCGUAUCCUUCUGCAAAUGCUACGACUUACGCAAUCAUGCCACGGAUAUCUUCAGGGACAUCAUUAAUUCCCUCGGAGCCUACGUGCAGAGCCUCUUUGUCACUUCGCAGCUCAUGAGCACCAGUACCACCAGCACUCAGCCGCCUCCUGUUCAAAUUCACUCGCCAACGCUCAUUGGGGGCCUUCCAGUUGGUCCGGGAGUAUCUCCGCAGCCGGGAUUUCUCUUCAGAGGCGUCUGGUUGCCCCUCACGGCGACUUUUCCCACGGGGCAGUGCAAAGCAACAUACCUUGAGAUGCUUGAAAAGAUGGAACCACCAGCAAUUCCGGAUGGCUAUGGCAUUUCUGUGGCUUAUGCCUGUUUGCUGGACAUUGUGAGGUCCAUUUCAUUGGCCAUUCAGGGCCCUUCGCAAAUUGGUGAGACGAAUCCCAGGCCGUACAAAGAGACUGCAUCGGAGGAGGAUCAGGAGCUUCACUGUCAACUGAUCAAUUCCAGUUGGUGCGGAUUGGUCGCUGCUCUCAGUCCACUAAUUGAUGCAGCCACGGAUGAAUCUGUGACAGAAAAUGUGCUAAAGUCCAUGCAGACUUAUGCAUCUCUGUGCGGAAUCCUGGAACUCCAUGCUCCACGGGAUGAAUUCAUCACGGCAAUCUGUCGAGCAUCCCUGCCGCCCCAUUACGCUCUGUCAGUGCUCAAUAUGGGCUACCACAGUAACUCCCUGAACUGCCAUGUUCGUGCCGACGGACAGGAUUUGUCCGGAGGGCAGUACAUGAGUGGCUGUGGAGAGAGUGAUUUUAGGCAUCAGGUUGUGGCUGUGGGAACUCCUCUGCCCACUUCAUCGCUCCCAAUUGGAGUGCAGCAGGGACCAGUGAUGCUAACAGCUAAAAAUCUGCAGUGCAUGAGGGCUCUGUUGCACCUGGCUCAUUGCCAUGGAAGCAUCCUCGGGAGUUCCUGGCAUAUCGUUCUGGCCACUCUUCAGCAUCUUGUAUGGAUUCUGGGACUCAAACCAUCAACAGGAGGAAGUUUGCAAGCUGUGCCAAAGCAAACAACAGACACAAAUGCAGUGAUCACGACUGCUGUUAUGGCAGAUUUGCCGAUGUUGUCUCAAAUGCUGAGUCAAUUGUUUGAGUCCAGUCAAUAUCUGGAUGAUGUGGCACUUCAUCAUCUUAUUGAUGCUCUCUGCAAACUCUCCCACGAAGCCAUGGAAUUGGCUUAUUCGAAUAGGGAGCCAUCGCUUUUUGCUGUGGCAAAAUUGCUGGAGACUGGUGUGAUGAAUUUGCAGAGAAUUGAAGUUCUCUGGCGUCCUCUGACCAAUCACCUUCUGGAGGUGUGUCAGCAUCCGCAUAUUCGGAUGAGAGAAUGGGGAGUAGAGGCUAUAACGUACUUGGUGAGAACUGCUCUGCAGUACAAGUAUGAGACACCAUUGAGGGACAAUCAGAAGCUGCAGACUCUGCUGUUGAGUCCUCUGGCUGAAUUGUCUUCAGUGCCGCACGGUGAUGUGCGUCAGAGGCAGUUGGAUUGUGUCCUUCAGGUGCUCAAUGGAGCCGGAGAGACGUUGUCUCAUGGCUGGCCACUUGUUUUGGGUAUUAUUGGGGCAGUUUCUGAUCACCAUGGUGAAGCUCUGAUUCGUAUAGCUUUUCAGUGUCUUCAGUUGGUGGUGACGGAUUUCUUGCCAGUAAUGCCAUGGCGGUGUCUUCCGCUCUGUGUGAAUACAGCUGCUAAGUUUGGUUCCCAAACCCAGGAACUCAAUAUUAGUCUAACAGCUGUGGGACUCAUGUGGAAUAUCUCGGAUUAUUUCAAUCAGAAUCAGGAGAAACUCUCACAAACUGUCACGGAUGACAAUACGGUGUUUCCGGACUUUCCGGGAACGCUGUCAAUGCCGCAUUUUGACAAACUCUGGAUGUGUCUGUAUGCCAGAUUGGGUGAUCUGUGUGUGGACAAUAGGCCGGCUGUGAGAAAAUCCGGUGGUCAGACACUAUUUUCAACCAUUUCUGCCCAUGGGAACUUGCUGAAUCCGCCUACGUGGCAAGCAGUUCUGUGGCAGGUACUCUUUCCGCUCUUGGAUAAAGUUCGAAGUUUGUCGAGUGCUGCUAGCAAUAAAAAGGUGGAUACAAGUGGAAAUAUUCUGAUUCAUCAUUCUCGGAAUACGGCACAGAAGCAAUGGGCAGAGACUCAAGUGCUGACGCUGUCGGGAGUUUCGAGGGUAUUUAAUACGAAAAGGCAGUUGCUGCAGCAACUUGGAGAUUUCGAUAGAGCUUGGGCACUUUUGCUGGAAUUCAUUGAGAAUGCCUCUCUGAGCCGAAGCAAUGAAGUGUCCCUGGCAGCUCUGAAAUCCUUCCAGGAGAUCAUCUACAAUCGUCCGGCGGACGGUAGUGAUGAGAGUAGUGUGGAUAUGUGGAAUGUAGCCUGGAGAGUGUGGCUUAACAUUGGAUGUGAAUGUGGAAGUCUCAAUGGGAGCGAUGAUAAAUCCGAAGAGAUUUACUAUCCCAGUCAGGCUUUUCUCACAGCUCUCGUACAGAUUUUCCCAGCCCUCUUUCAACACAUACGUCCAAGGUUUACGGACAAUGAUCUAUCACAGCUCUGUCGGGUACUCAUGAAUGCCGUAGUUGUUCCUAUUCACACAGAUUCCACUCCCUAUAUCCUUUCCACAAUUUCCGAUUCACCUCUGACGCCGCUUCAUGAUGGCAUACUCGAUUGCAUGGAGUUGCUGCAGAAGGAGGCUCUGAGUCAAGGAUCUGGCCUCAGGCCAAUGAUUCCGGCAAUCUUCAAGCAACUCCUGAAAUUCAGUCAGUUUUCCUGCACAUCCCCAAAUCCGGAAUGCCUCAAUGAGGGCUGUGAGAAAAAGGGGAGGAAUCCACCGGCAAAUGUUGAGUGGAUCAGUAUGAAUUACAUUCCAUUUGGAGAGAAGUCCCUCCAAGUCGUAGUUAAGCUGUACAGACAGACGGCAGCAGAUGAAACUGUGAUUCAGAGUGCAAUUCUCCAUGAGAUCAUCAAAGCUCUCCAUCUGCCUCUGUCACUCAAAUACAAAUGUCCAGCAGCCAGUACGUGGAAAUUGGCCAUUUCCAGUCUCAUGAGUGUCCUGCACACGGGUCUUCCGGUCAUCAGAGCCAAUGGGAAGAACUUUGUCAGCAUGUGGAAAGAUCUAGCAGAUACCCUAGAUCAGUUCCUCUUCCCCAAAAGCGUCUGUACCAUUGAAGAUCGUGGACUGGAGGAAAUUGUCCUGGAUGAAGCUAUUGACUGUCAAGUGAUUGAACUUCUACGUGAUGAAGUUCUAUCAUUUUCCUCGGAAAUCCCUCAAGAAUUUAUCCUAAAUGUUGUUGUUCUGCUCAACAAAGGAUCCAUCCAUUCAGCCACUUCUACAAAUAUUGUUUCAGGAUGUGACUCAGAAUUCAAACUUAGGGAGGAAUUUGCUAAAACUUGCUUCGACACUCUACUGCAAUUUUCGCUCUUGGACGAAAAUGGCACGUCAAAUGCAAAUAACAACAACACGACAGUUGAAGGUGGUGUGGCCGGAAGAUUGGCAAUCACAGCACUUUUGCACAGAUUUCAAGAGGUACUCAAGAAGUACAAUGACGAUGAGAGGCAGAGCGGAAAGUGUCCUCUGCCGAGAUAUCGUCUCUCUGAAAUAUCUUUUGUGCUGAAAGCCGUUGCAACAUUGAUUAUUUCAAUGAAGAAGGCUUCGUCGACAAAAGUCGGAAAAACAGCUUGGGAGCAACUGAUUGAGCUGUAUCCAUAUCUUGUGGACUGCACGACAACUUCAUCAUCGGAAGUGUCGAGAUCCCUUCGAGAGGCUCUCCUUCAGUAUUCGGAUUUGCUGCAAGUGCCACCAACAACGGCAAAUGGUGUUACGAGCAGCCAUUGUUAACUCACGCAACGAUUUUCCCUCCGUAGCCCCAGAUUCCUCAAUGAUUGUGAUCUUUUUGAUUCCGCGGGGAAAAUCAAGCACGUAUUUCGGUAGAGGCACACACACAGGAUAAAAAAAUAAUCUUUAAACAAAAUAUUUAGGACACAUCGUGACGAAUUAGUGAUUUACAGGCGUGAAAAGCAUGCAGUGUCUUUUUGGUUUGCGUCGUUGGAACAAUUUGCCUCAGUGACUAAAACUCCUUUAAAACUAAAUACAAAAAAAAAAGAAAUAUUAAAUCGAUUUUUGGAAUCCACGAGGAAGCGCAUCUUGGAUCUUUUCUUUGACGGUAAAUGAAAGAGCGACAUUUUUUCUGGAGAAGAGAGAGAGUAUUCACUAAAUUUAUCUCUAAUAUUUACUGUAUUUUGUAAGCCAAAUAGCAAAUUUAAGUGAAUAUUUAUUAAAGAUGUAGUUGUUACAGCAAAUCAUGAAAAUAUUGCGGACAUUCGUGAUGAAUAAAUAAAAUAAAUUUAUCAAUUGUAGAAA